UUCUUCAGUUAAAAGUUACCUAACUUUUCAGCCACAGUCUUUUCCUAAAAGCACAAUUUGUCAAGUUUGCUCCAGGAGAGGAAAAUAAGGUACUUCAAUUUAGCAGUGUUGAAGACUUCAAAUCUUGUCCUGAUAGUGAAAAGAAAAGGAAAAUGGAAUUUAACUCUGGCAAGUUUGAAGAAACACAAUCUGAUUUCCAGACCCUUGCUGCUGAAAUCCUCAAGCCUGGAAAUUCUUACAUACUUAAAACAGCUAACAGGAUAUAUGGGGAGAAAACAUAUCCAUUUCAUAAUAAAUAUUUGGAGGACAUGAAAACGUACUUUGGUGCAGACCCACAGUCUGUUAACUUUGUUGAAUCUUCUGGACAGAUCAGGAAGGAGAUCAACUCCUGGGUUGGAAGCCAGACUGGGGGUAAAAUUCCAAAUCUCCUCCCAGAUGACUCAGUCGACACCAAGACUAAAAUGGUUCUGGUGAAUGCCCUUUAUUUUAAAGGAACCUGGGAGCAUCAGUUCUCAGUGAAAAACACCACCGAAAGGCCUUUCAGAGUAAACAAGACCACAAGCAAACCAGUGCAAAUGAUGUCAAUGAAACAGAGUCUUCAAGUCUUCCACAUUGAGGAGCUGCAAACCAUAGGCCUUCAACUCCACUAUCAGAACCGUGACCUCAGCCUGCUUCUACUGCUUCCAGAAGAAAUGGAUGGCUUGGAACAGCUGGAGAGAGCCAUCACUUAUGAGAAACUAGAUAAGUGGACCAGUGCAGACAUGAUGGACACAUACGAAGUGCAGCUGUACCUCCCCAAGUUCAAGAUGGAGGAGAGUUAUGACCUCAAGUCAGCCCUGAGAGGUAUGGGGAUGACCGACGUUUUCAGCCAGAGUAAAGCUGAUUUCUCAAACAUGACUUCAGAGAGAAAUCUAUUUUUGUCCAAUGUUUUCCAUAAGACUUUUCUGGAAAUAAAUGAAGAAGGUACAGAAGCUGCAGCUGGCACUGGAAGUGAAAUCAGUGUUCGAAUUAAGGCACCUUCCAUUGAAUUAAAUGUAGAUCAUCCAUUUCUAUUUUUCAUCAGGCACAACAAAACCAAAAGCAUUCUUUUUUGUGGAAGAUUCUGCUCCCCCUAAACUCUGCAUCUCUCAUUUAAUGAAAACAUCUUAUAGUAUAAAACAAACAAACACACAAAAACCCAUAUUAUGAGACGGAAAAUGGAAAAUCAGACAUCACAAAAUCAGCCCAUAGCCUAUACACAUUUCAUGCUUGUAUAUUAAUAAAUGAACCUUCAGAGAAUGUGUUCUUGUGAUCCUGUCAUGUUUAUCUGUUUGUUUGUUUACAUAUUUAUUUAUUUAUUACCAUUGUGCACACCAUUUUGUUUUAGGGUGAAUUUUAUUUAUGUUGCAAAAGUGAUGCUUGUAAAUACCAGAGCUUAUGUACUGACCCAGGAUCUCCAGAUGUGGUUGAUGACAAUGAAAACCAGGCCAUGUUGGUGGUGUCUCAGCAAGACUGAGGUGGAAGCAAAUUUAUCAAAAGCAAUCACACUUUUUAUAUCCUUAUCAGAAACUGAAUACAAUAGUGAUUUCCAGUAAGAAUACAAUUGUAGUUGCCUGGAUACAAUAAUUUUUACAAGCUAUAUGGGUACACCAGAUUAAUGUCUAAGACUAAUUGUUCUUCCAAACUUCUAUAUACUUUGCUGAUUUUUAGGGAAUGCAGAGAUAUCUGAUGUUGGGGAGGUGGGUUUGGGAUGCCUGAGGGAGUGCCUCAGUUCUCAGGAACUGAAAGGUAUAUAGUGGCCCUGAGAAACCUGUGACACAUACCUCUUAAGGCUGCUGGACCAGGCCAUCUUCAUGACUCCUUGCAGUCCCCUAUUUUUUGUUUGUUUGUUUAUUUGUUUGUUUUUUAAUUUUAAGGCAUGAAAGUCAUUCUUCAAAACGAAUAUGGAGUAGGAAAUCAAUCUCAAUAGUCAAUCUCAAGGCAAUAAUGGUUCCCAAUACAAUCAAUAACAAAAUUCCCAGAGACAAUCCUAGGGACUACAAUUUAGAAGUCCAAAAAAUGAAGACCAAAACCCUUUUAUAGAAUUUUCAUGGGAUUAGAGGAGGAUAAUUCAUCCAACUUUGAAUUUAUAUUUUUAUCCGUAUAUAUAAAUUUAAAUAAAUUUAUUUGUAUUUAUGUCAUUCUAUUUUUUUUUAUUCAAGGCCUGAACAGCAAUACUCAAAUUGUCAUGUGACCAGCUUUAUCUGGAAAACAGUAUGUUCUGAAUUGGGGGCACCCAAAAAUUUAGAAUAAUUAACAUAAAUAGUAAAGCUCUUCUCUUCCCAGCUAACAAAGUAAAAUGCAGGAAGACCAGGAACAUGAACCCAACAUGUCUCAGCAGUAACAGGCACAUUCACCAGGGACAGUAUAUCAAGAAACAAAUUCUACAGCCACAGAGUUUUGUUGAGAUUUCACCAACUUUGAGUCCUCGAUCACUAGUUUCUUUGAGUCAUUGUUGGGAUGCAGACUCUAUUCUUGGCUCUAAGACUCUGACUCCAUGUUAUUUUCUUUUUCUUCCGGUGAAGGCUUUGCAAACUCUUUGGAGGCUCCUUGUCCAUCUCAAAGAUGAUUCUCAUGUCGGAUCAGUCCUUUGUCUUUCUCAGGUCUGAUCAGUCCUUCAUGUAUCCACAACCAUUUCUCAGGACCUUGAGGAUAAAACUCAAACAUAACCUUAGCUCUAGUGAUCUUGACCAUUCCACUGGCCAGAUAUCUUUCUAUGAUCUUGAAUUGCUUUGGAGGGCCCCCCAAACGAUUGGGUAUCAGUAAGACCAUCCUUACCCAAAUCUUACCAUUUUAAAAUAUAAAUAGAAAGUAAGUUAUUGUGAGGAAUUGCCUUACCUUUAUUUUUGAAUAAUGUUUAGGUUGCAGUUUAGCUCUUUUCACAAAAGAUUGGCCCUGAGGGGUCUGUGGAAUUCCUGUAGUGUAGCUUACAACAUUUUGUUGGCAAAAUCCCUGAAAACCCUGGCAGUAUUUGUAGUUGAAUGCCAGUUUUUAAUUCUUAACAGGGGGUUAACAUAGUAAAAGCCUUGAGUAAAAAGGUGAUAGACCUUUAUCUGUCUUUCCUGACAGGGGAACAGCAAAAAUGAGCAAUGAGUAGGUGUCCCCAAUGACACGAAUAUAUUGUAACUUCCCAAAACUGGUGACAUUAGUAACAUUCAUGUGCCAAUACAAUUUGGAAAUAAUCUUUGGGGAGUUACAGUGUAAAAGGGAAAAGCAAUGAUAUUAAUUUUUAUGCAUGAAUGACACUCCUUAAUUACCAAACAAAACUGCUCCUUUGUUAGU